AUGUGGCCUUCCAUCAACACUUGUUUCCCCGACCCGCUGGCCGCGCAAUGGCCGGCAACUCAACACCCUGUGCUCUGCGAGUGCCGGCAGUUGUACGUGUUGGUCUCACUCUGCUGCUGCGUGCCGGGGGCGCAUCUUCUCGUGCUGCACGACGGGGCCGGCAGUGGCACCGCAACGUCCAUGCCGAAGGGCCCAACGUACUUGGAAUUGCGCCUCACAGAACACACGCGACGAGACGCCUUCUGCGGAUUUCUCGCCCGCGCAGAGGCCGCAGCCACAGGCACUAGCAACAGCACGACGAAUAACAAUAACAACAACAACAACAAUAGCACCAGCAACAACAAUAACAGUAUCAGCACUACUAACAACAACAACAAUAGCAACAUUUGUAUAACACCUACAAUGGGCGGCACUACUGCCAAUGCUACGACGAAUACUAGUAAUGGUCUUGGUUUUGGUGGUGGAAGUAGUAUGAAUGGCCACCCGACGGUGGUGUGUGUACAUGAUAUUGCGGCUGCCUCACCGCCAGUGCUUGCUGCGCUACUUGAUGUGUUACUCUUCGGUCUUGUGCGUGUGACCGGAACAGUGCGAGCCGUGCCAUCGCUGCGUAUUGUUGCCUUCUGCGAUGCACGUGCAUACGCUGCGGUGUUACCUGAACACGUCCGCAGUGCUUUUGCACUCUCAACAUACAUGUCAAGUUUAGCUAUGGAAAGCGCCGCGGUGAUUCAGUCCGCUGACACGCAGAGUUCUAACGUUGUAAAUAAACGACACAUGUUGGAGGUGAUGCUCGCACCUGAUGGCGCCGCCCUCAUCGACACAGUGACACUCUCUGCAGAGGUGAUACAUUACUUGAGACAUCUCAUUCUUGUGCUGCGUGGAUCCAUGCUAAAAAACAGCGCGCCGGGAAGUUACAUCCCCACUCGUAUCCCACGCAUGUUGCGAAUGUUGAGGGUCGUGGCAUUGCUCUUCGCUCCAUCCGCGUGCACACGCAUGGGUGGAAAAUCGCCCAUGUCUCUGCGUCCUGCUACACCCACCAGCUAUCAACACUACCAGGAUCACGGGAAUGAUUCCGAACCCAUCACUAGUUUUGCCCAUGUUGUCGUCUCACCAGCGCAUGUGAUGUGUUUGCUCUGUCCAAUGGUGGCUCACCUCUUUUCGCUGCGGCGUGAGAUGACAGCGCUUUCAUGCCAUAAUCCCAAUGAUGAUAACACAAAAUCAGAGACAUGUUGGUGCAGCGUUAAACCAGAAAGUACAGCAGUAGAUAUGUGGGAUGCAAAGGCGGUGCGGUGGCUCUCACAUUUAGAUGGUGUUAAAGAUGGAGGAUCUUCUUAUUUAAAGGCGGAUGACACAAUGCGUUCAGACUUACCGGCAACACGAGAUGUGCAGCACGCCAUGCGAGAGUUGGGGGCAGGUAUGCUUUCCUAUACGGAGUGCCGCGAGUUAAUUCGUGCAACAAUAAUGCGUCGAAGUUCCCCACCAAUUGGAUAG